GACUUGAAGAUGAUGGUCAGCCUCCUGUUCCAGUUCCAUUCAUAUCAUUUACUAUGUUUGGAUUUGGGAAAGACAACGUCACAGGACGAUAUAAGAUAGUGUGGCUAUAUAAUAUAUAUCCUGCUACCUUGAACAAGAAGAAGAAGACAAGAUGCGAGGUUUUCGAUUUAGAGGAACGGAGAUGGAGAUUCGUGACUACCAGACCUCUUGAUCAUCACCAAAUCUUGUCUAAUCAGAGGCCACCGUGUGCAAACGGAUUAUUAUACUGGCUCACGGGAGAUGAACAAGGAUACCCAUCAACACAAACCAAACUCAUAGUUUUCGAUAUUCAUACAGAGAUGUUUCAAGUCACCUCAACACCACCUUUUAUUACCCCUGAUGCCUCUAGUGACAAAAUUGGUUUAUGUAAUCUUAACGGUCGUCUCUGCAUUUCUGAGCUCAAGGGAGAUUGUAAGCAAGAGUUUUGGUGGAGGGUUGAAGAAUGCAACAAGUGGGAGAGAAUCUUCUCAGUUGACUUGAAUUCUACUUCCUGUUGGUUUGGUGGUAUCACUUCACAGCCUCUCACACCUUUGGCCAUUUCCAGGGAUAACAAUAAAGUCGUCCUCUCGCUUUCCUAUCAAGAAAGCCUUGUUGACUUUGAUCUUGAUCCUGACUCGACUGUUUAUCAUUUGUAUUAUUCUGGUUACUAUGGCUUGGCUAUUCCUUAUUUUCCAAGUUUAUCACUAGUUCAUGCAACUUUCUAGCUCUCUAUUUUAUUUUUUUCUGAAACUAUUUAUCUUCUUCAGUAACAUUAAAAUGUGUUUUUAUAUUCAAUGAGCACUUCUUAUU